GGUUGCAGUAUAUACGAGUACCCCAUAUUACAAAUUUACACGUUUAAUCGCCAUCAAUGCGUUUGUUACAAUAGUAGUGUGCAGUGCAACGUUGGGUUCGGUGGUGUAGUGACACACAAGCCUCGCGCGCUCAUCGCCAAUAUUAUACUGUUACAAGUUGUCGUUGAGCUUAUCCGUCGCUACAACAUGGAAAAGUGUUGGAGGCAGUAUUGCGACCAGACGGCAUUACUUGCAAUGGUCGUUUUAACGUUGUAUAUCAAUUCAGCCAUUGGUCAAAGUGAUUUGGCCGGUUCUUAUUGUGCUUCCAGACCUCGAGGAUGUUGUCCUGGCCGACAAGACGAGUGUUCUGCCCCGAUCAUGGGUACGACCUGCUAUUGUGAUGACUUUUGCAACCGCACCCGGUCAGAGGACUGUUGUCCAGACUUUUGGUCGUUUUGCAAAGGCAUCGUUCCUCCCGAACCACCGUUAGAGACCAAGCAAUGUUACGCGAACGGACAGUACUAUAAAUAUGGUGAGGCGGCCGCCAUCAACUGUAACGAAUGUCGGUGUCAAGAAGUGCAAGGCGAACUGCAACUGCUGUGCAGCCGGAACGAGUGCCUUGUCGAACCGGACCUGUUGGGAACGAUCCGAGCACAGGCGAAUCGGUUCGGAUGGGCAGCUGGCAAUUACACCGAGUUCUGGGGUCGAAAGUACGAGGACGGUCUGAACUUGCGACUGGGAAUUUUGCAUUCCAAGAAAAAGAUAUUGCAAAUGAGACCGCUCAAAGCGGCUUUCCGGCGAGAAUCGUUGCCUCGAGCGUUCGACGUCCGUUCCAAGUGGCCAAACUUAAUUGCCCGGCCUUUGGACCAAGGGUGGUGUGCGGCGUCUUGGGUGAUAAGCACGGUUCAAGUAAGCACAGACCGGUUCGGCAUCAUGACCAAAGGCGCGAUCAACGAUGUCUUGUCCACGCAACAUCUGCUGUCGUGCAACAACCGCAAUCAGCGAGGAUGCCAAGGAGGACACCUGACCAGGGCUUGGAACUGGAUACGCAAAUUCGGUCUGGUCACGGAAGCGUGUUACCCGUGGGAAGCCCGAAUGACCGAAUGCGCCGUGCCGAAGAAGAAGAAGGAGUUCACAGCACCGUGUCCGCGUUCGCAGAGGUUCAACCCGGCGGCUAAAACUCAGUUACACCGAAUGGGGCCAGUAUACAGGGUGUCCACGGAAGAAGGCAUCAUGAACGAAAUCAUGACGUCGGGACCCGUACAAGCUGUUAUGAAAGUGUCCAGAGAUUUCUUUAUAUACAAAACUGGCGUGUACAAGUGCUCGUCACUAGCUUCGGGCUCCAGGACAGGUUACCACGCGGUUCGGAUCGUCGGAUGGGGCGAAGAGUAUCAAGGUGGCAAGCUGGUCAAAUAUUGGAUCGUUUCAAAUUCGUGGGGUCAGUGGUGGGGUGAAGAAGGAUACUUCCGUAUACUCAAGGGAACCAACGAGUGUCAGAUAGAAGACUUUGUGAUCGCCGCUUGGGCAGACAUUAACGACUUCAACAUCACGAUCCCUCCACAGGGAUAUGACAUAUUCCUGUUAAACGGAGCCAAAGCCAACAGCAUCUGACCGCAACGCGUUGAUUAUACAUUACAGUUCUAGUGCAUAAGGCAAACCUUUGUCGUCGCAACAAAGCAAUUAGCAAAAUAAAGCUUUUGUUAUUAUUAUUAUUUUUUAAUUUCUAAGUUUUUAUUUACCGCCUAUAGAGAGUAUGUAAUAAGUACUCUGAAAGCUAAAUUAAUGUUUUUUAAAUAGGCGUGUAUGAGUGGCGUAGUAUAUUUGUUUUUUCAUAUAGUAUUUACACGGCCAUAACUAUAAAUUUAGUACAACAACCUAACGUACCUAACGUCAAAUACUGUCCAUCACAAUGAGCUGUCCAGUCAGCUUAAAAAUCGCACUCUUUUUUCACACUUAUUUGUUUUAACAUCUUCGAAUAACUAAAAACAUUCUUAAUAGCGUUGACCAAGUUUAUUUAAUUUCUAUAUACAUAUAUGUUGUUAUAAUCAUAUUAUUUUAUAUUAGAUCAACCAUAUUUUAUAGUGUACACAAUGUAUAAUAAAUUAUACUACGUUAUAGAGAAUAAUAAUGUUAUAGAAUAUUUUAAGUGUAUAACCUAAGCUUAGGGAAAAAUUGUGAUUAUUUCAUGUCAAGAGUUUUAACAUUCUUUAACUAGGUAAUACGUUUUUGUGUUCAUUUUUUAAAAAAUUAUUUGUCUUUAUAUAGUUUAAAUAUAUAGUAUUAUUACUGUGUAUAAGUUCUACUAGCUUUAUCCGAUAUCUUUUAAUAUACAUAAGUUUUGAUUAUUUGUAUUAUUAGUAUUAUUACUAUAUAUUUACCUAUCCAUAGUUAUAUGCACGUGCUUGUCGACCGUGUUAUUCACGUAAUCGUCCUGUUAAUCGUAUUAACUGUACAAUAACUUGGCUAACAACAUUAAGUACUAAUACAUUAUUAUUUAUUAUUUAUCUUACCGAUUUAUUGGAACGCCUAUAUUACAAUAUAUGAUCAAAUAUAAAAAUUAAUAU